AUGACCGAGGGAAUCGCGCCAUUCAUUGUCCCGGGCCUAGCCGAACCCGCCAAGACCUGGUUUAAGACCUUUGGGGACUUUAGCACCAACUCGACCCCAUUGAUCGUCCUCCACGGGGGUCCAGGAGCCUGCCAUGACUACCUUCUACCUUUGACGGACCUGAACGUUCCUCUUGUCUUUUACGACCAGAUCGGCAAUGGGUUAUCGACUCAUUUGCCCGAGAAGAACGGCGACGAGGAGUUCUGGUCUGUCGAUCUUUUCAAGGACGAGUUAGAUAAUCUGAUUGGUUAUCUCGGCCUGAAGGAUCGUCCAAUUGACAUUUACGGACACUCUUGGGGUGGAAUGCUCGCUGCGGAGUGGGCAGUAACUGAAUCGAGCUCAAACCUCCGACGACUGAUUAUCUCGAACAGCCUGGCAAGCAUGGACACCUGGCGAAUAGGAAUGGAUUCUCUCAAGGCACAGUUGCCCAGCUGUAUUCGGGAGGUCCUAGAUGAGGCCGAGAAGACGGAGAAUUUCACCAGCCCUGCGUACAACAAUGCAAUCGAGUUCUUCUACAAACGUCAUCUAAGCUUAGCCCGGCCGUGGCCAGCACCCGAGGUUGAAGCAGCUUUGAAUUGGUUUGCUACGGACGGAACAACCUACGAGACAAUGUACGGGCCAAGUGAGCUGUACAUAACUGGGAACCUGCGCAACUGGACCAUUAUCCCUGAACUACAUAAGAUCAAAGUGCCCACCCUCUUGAUCAAUGCCGAUAUGGACGAGGCGCAGGAUGUGACGAUGCAACCCUUUUCUGACAAUAUCAAAGAUUCCAAAUGGAUCAAGAUGAAGAACGCGGCACACUUUUCCCACGUUGACAAGAGAGAAGAGUACAUCCAGCAUGUACAAAGCUUCUUAAUCUAA